CUUUUGAGAUUGUUUUUUUCACUCACAUAAUUUCAUUGAAAUUUAUCCACCAGCAUUUUUUAAAAAUUAACUGUGCAUCAUCUUCAGUGAGAUGUGUGCAUUUCAUCUUUAUUCACGCCUUUUCCACUGCCUAGAAUGCCCUCUACCAACCCUCUCUACCAAUCUGUAUCCAUUUCCUUCAGUGUGUCUCACUGCUGGGUGCCUAAACCCAUCUGACUUAUUUCUCUUCCCUUAUCAAUUAUGUAUAUUUCCCAUGCCAUAUCAUUUUCCACUUGCAGGUAGGAGACAGGGACCAUGCCCAUCUUAUCUUUAUAUUCCCAGCAUCUAGUACGGUGCCUGGGUACUGUAGGAGGUACCCAGUAAAUAAUUUUUUGGAUGAAUGAAUGAUUGAGGUUGCUCUACUGGAUUCUUAUACUGUGUCUUGGGUAUGUGUUGUCUUCCCAACUAGACUCGAAGCUACGUUGUAAACUUGAGAGCAGCAACUCCAUUCCAUUUACUAGUAUAGGCGAGGUCCCAGUUAGGGUUGCCGUAGAUGUUUGUAUGUGGCUUCAGUGAGUGUGUGUCUUUGUGUACCUGGGGGUGAAGUGAAGGUGUGUUUGUGGGCUGGUUUCCCAGCUGCCCAGCCUGACUUUCCAGUCAGCAGGAUGGACCUGGAGAUGUCGGGGCUGAAGACCCUGGAGCAUGUGGCAGUGACAGUCUCCAUCACUCACCCACGGCGCGGCAGCUUGGAGCUGAAGCUGUUCUGCCCCAGCGGCAUGAUGUCCCUCAUCGGCGCCCCCCGCAGCAUGGACUCGGAUCCCAACGGCUUCGAUGACUGGACCUUCUCCACUGUGCGAUGCUGGGGAGAGAGAGCCCGAGGGACCUACAGGCUUGUCGUCAGGGAUGUCGGGGAUGAGUCAUUCCAGGUCGGCAUCCUCCGGCAAUGGCAGCUGACCCUAUAUGGCUCUGUGUGGAGUCCAGUAGACAUCAGGGACAGACAAAGGCUGUUAGAGAGUGCCAUGAGUGGAAAAUACCUGCAUGAUGACUUCGCCCUGCCUUGCCCACCGGGGCUGAAAAUUCCUGAGGAAGAUGGUUACACCAUCACCCCCAACACUCUCAAGACCCUGGUGCUGGUAGGCUGUUUCACCGUCUUCUGGACCGUUUACUACAUGCUGGAAGUAUAUUUGAGUCAGAGGAAUGUGGCUUCCAAUCAAGUUUGUAGGAGUGGACCCUGCCACUGGCCCCAUCAGAGCCGGAAAGCCAAGGAGGAAGGGACAGAGCUAGAAUCAGUGCCACUUUGCAGCAGCAAGGAUCCAGACGAAGUGGAAACAGAGAACAGGGGCCCUCCCACCACCUCUGACCUCCUUGCCCCAGACCUGCUGGAGCAAGGGGACUGGAGCCUGUCCCAGAACAAGAGCGCCCUGGACUGCCCUCAUCAGCACCUAGACCUACUGCACGGGAAGGAGGAGCAGAUCUGCUGACCUCAGGGCCUGACAGUGUGGGACAGGCUCUUCUUUCCCAG